AUGUGGAUGAAGUCCAGUGGCCAGGCUGAAGGCAUGAUGAGGCCCAAUGUGGAGAUUGGCACUCUCGACAUCAUGGAUGGCAUCAUCAAGAAAGCCCAGAAUGAACAUUUGGUUCUGAAUAAGGAUGUCCAUCCAAGAAAGGACUCAGGAGUUUACAAGCCUCUGUACUUCUUGUUGGUGUUUGUCCUGUAUAUCCUCAUUAUUGUAGUCAACUUAACCUUGAUCUUUAUUGUGACAGUGGAUAAAAGCCUCCAUGAGCCCAUGUACAUUUUCAUUUGUAAUUUGUGUGCAAAUGGACUCUACGGGACUGUUGGUUUUUACCCUAAACUUUUGUUGGACUUGCAAUCUGAUAUUCACACAAUAGCCCACCGUUGGUGCCUGCUUCAAACGUAUGUGAUUUAUAGCUCUGGACUAAGUGAAAUGACAGUUUUAACAGUGAUGUGUUAUGACCGCUAUGUGGCAAUUUGCAGACCACUGCAAUACCACAGCAUUAUGUUUCCACGUGCUGCAUUAAAAUUGCUUGUACUAGCCUGGGCUUAUUCUCUUUUGGUAACAGCAGUAGCUAUUAUCCUUACUUCUAGAAUACCCUUUUGUGGAUCGCACAUCUAUAAAUUAUUCUGCGACAAUCCUUCAAUGUUAAUGUUGGGAUGUUAUCGCUCAGUAGCCAACCAGGACUCAGGAGUUUACAAGCCUCUGUACUUCUUGUUGGUGUUUUUCCUUUACAUCCUCAUUAUUGUAGUCAACUUAACUUUGAUCUUCAUUGUGACAGUGGAUAAAAGCCUCCAUGAGCCCAUGUACAUUUUCAUUUGUAAUCUGUGUGCAAACGGACUCUAUGGGAUUGUUGGUUUUUACCCUAAAUUUUUACUGGACUUGCAAUCUGACAUUCACACAAUAACGUACAAUUGGUGCAUGAUUCAAACGUUUGUUAUUUACAGCUCUGCACUGUGUGAAAUGACAGUUUUAACAGUGAUGUCUUACGACCGCUCUGUGGCUAUUUGCAGACCACUGCAAUACCACAACAUUGUGACUCCACAUGCUGUGCUGAAAUUACUUGUAGUAGCCUGGGCUUAUUCUCUUUUGGUAACAGCAGUAGCUAUUAUCCUUACUUCUAGAAUACCCUUUUGUGGAUCACACAUCCAUAAACUAUUCUGUGACAAUGCUUCAAUGGUAUUGUUGGGGUGUUAUCGUGCAAUAACCAACCAGGUAUGGAGUAUGGUGGUUAUUUCAGUAUAUCUUAUACAGUUUAUUUUAAUUAUAAUUUCUUAUGCUCGUAUUGUCCGGGUUUGUAUAUCAUCCACUGAGGGUAGAGCAAAGUUCAGUAAAACUUGUGUGCCUCAUAUUGUGGUUAUGGUUAUAUAUAUUUUGACUGCAUUGUUUGAUGUAUUUUACAGCUGGGAUGGUUCAGUAAAUCUUCCCAUUGGUGUGCGUAAUGCAUUGGCUAUACAAUUUCUGAUUCUCCCUCCACUCUUGAACCCAUUAAUUUAUGGCCUACAACUUCCACAGAUUCGAAAAAAUGAUUAUAUGAAUCAUUAUUACUUCUACGAGGACACUAUUAUUAACAAGUGA